UUCAGAGCCCUGCGAGCAACGGAGCGAGGCGGACGCGUGCGUUUGUUGUGUCAAAUCGCAUGAGGAGACUAAUCGGUAUUACGUGUCCGUUCGACGGACCCCUAUAAAAGAAGGAGCGCAUUCUGAGCGAGCAUUAGUUACUCGCCGAGUAACUUUCCCGCAAGACACCCCUCACCGUCCUCCUCGUCGACGUCGUCGUCGUCGUCAUAGUUUCCAUGCAUCGUUCAAGCACGCGGCCAAGCACGCGCCGACUCGGGAUGCACCAGGUAUUUAUGUAGUACCGACUACCGCCGCCUUAGAGUAUCGCUCGCACACCCACGUCUCGCCGGGAGAUCAAGAGCAUCCUCGAGGAAGCACGAACAUCGUCGUCGUCGUCGGCAUCGUCGUCGUCGUCGUCGCGAAAAGGAAAAGAAGGAGGAAACGAUUCGGUCGAAACGGAAGUAGGACCGUCGUGGCGACGAUGGAUCAGAAACGCGUGUACAAGAUUGUACUGACCGGAGGACCAUGCGGUGGCAAGACAACCGGGCAGACCAGACUGUGCACCUUCUUCGAGAACAUGGGCUGGAAGGUGUUCCGUGUCCCCGAGACAGCGACCGUGCUGCUCAGCGGCGGCAUCAAGUUUACAGACCUGAACGCGGAAGAGGGAUUCAAAUUUCAGGAGAACCUCCUGCGCACGAUGUUACAAAUAGAGAACACGUUUUUUCAAUUAGGUGAAAGCUGCUCGAGAAAUUGUUUGAUCAUCUGUGAUCGUGGCGCAAUGGACGCCUCCGCUUUUAUUUCGAAGGAUAAAUGGGAACUCAUGAUGGCUUCCAACGGAUGGAACAACGUCGAGCUAAGAGACAACAGAUACAAUCAAAUCAUUCACAUGGUUUCGGCGGCGAAUGGUGCUGAAGACUUCUAUUCCACGGAGGAUCACGCGUGUCGCUCGGAGGGUGUCGAGCUCGCUCGCGAACUCGACUAUAAAGCCGCAGCCGCCUGGGUCGGCCAUCCGUAUUUCGACGUGAUCGACAACUCACAGGAUUUCGAGGCGAAAAUCUGUCGAAUGAUCGAGUGCGUAUGCCAGAAACUCGGAAUCGAUACCGGUGAUCGGUUGCGCUCCAGCAGUCGCAAGGUUAAAUUCCUCGUGAAAGCACCACUACCGGCAGACACCGAGUUUCCACCCUUCCAGGACUUUGAUGUCGUGCAUAAUUACCUGCAAAGCAAAAGCCCUAAAAUGCAGGCGCGUUUACGCAAGCGUGGUCAAAAAGGUCAUUGGUCAUAUAUUCACACAAUUCGUCGGCCAAAGAUGUGUGGUCAAGUGAUUGAGGUAAAAACCCAAUUGACCCAUCGAGAUUAUCUAAACAUGUUGGCCCAGCGCGAUGAUUCGCACUUCACCAUCUUUAAGCGCCGUCGCUGCUUUCUGAUUAACAAUCAGUAUUUUCAGUUAGAUAUAUAUAGAGAACCGGCACAUCCCAGAUGUCGAGGCUUGAUGUUACUGGAAACAUAUACAGCGUUGUCGGGCAAUGAACUAAAAAACAUCUUGCCUCAGUUCCUGACAAUUGUGAAAGAAGUCACCAAUAACCCAGAUUACAGCAUGUUCAAUCUUAGCUUGCGCGAAGAAUGGAACAGCACUAAUAAAUAUUGCCACAACAUGCACGGCACGAUGCAAUUGCCGGAUAAUCAAAAUAUCAAUUUCUCGAAAAACCUAAAGGAAAUACAAAGCAAUGGAUUCGAUUGUAAAGCGAGCCAAAGCAAUGGGCUCGAUUGCAAAGUGAGCGGCACAUUGAAUUCUAAUUUAAACACUCAACAAGCAAUCUGCAACAAGAGUAUCAAUGGCAUACAAAAUGGUCUGGUAAACGGUAAGGCAUUCGUCGAACGAUGUAGUAUAAACGGAGAUGAUCGAAAACAAGAAGUUUGUAAUGGCAGUCCAGCUAUGAAGCUAAAUGAGAGUUUACGAAAAUUAAAAAUUGAACCGCGGGAAAAAGAAUUCGAGAAUAGAUUUUAAUGGUGGGACACUUGCGAAAAAUUAGGACGCAAGGAAAUUAUUUAACAUGCCACUUGCGAAUAAUUCCAAACUGUAGCGCGGAUCUUAUCAGUAUCGGCGCUAAUUAACAAUGUUGAUUAAAUAGCAACUAUUAGUCUCUGAUAGAACCUCUGAAAUUUCACAUAGAUAACAUGUCUAUUUUUUAAUUGGGCUUGUGUGUCGUACUUAAGGAAUCCUUGUGUGAAAGUUCUACGGCUAGUUUUGUCAACGUCGAAAUGAAUCAGAAUCCGAUGCACUCCACUAAUCUUUCGAAAAUAUGGCAAAGUUUUUGCACGAAUUUCAGAGAAGAUCAGUACUUAAAAUAUAUACAUCUAUAAACUUAAAGAUUUUUACUUAAAAGAUUUUUAAAUAAUAGAUUUUUCACUUUAACAUUUUUUUACGAUUUAAAAAAAAUCCCUCCAAACAAAUUCCAGAUUAAAAAAAUUGAAGAGAAAUCAUAAAUGGUUGAAGAUAUAUAUAUACAUAUAUGUGUAUCGAAAAAUAAGUUUCACUGUUUAACUCAUUACUCGCCUUUUUUUAAAUUUAAUUCUAAAGGGAGGUGAAGAAUAAGUUAAACGAGAAUUAAACGACGUUGGUGAAACGAGGCCUUUGCAAAUUUUCUAUAGAGUUCCAUUGAACGAGCCAAUGUCCAUUGACGCACUGAAUAUUUGUACUUCACUUUACUUUACACUAGUUUACUCUACUCUAUUUUAUAUACAUACCUCAAGUAUUGUCUAUCAACUUUCUCGAAAAUUCGAGCGAGCGAUUGUGAUAGAGACAUGCACGUAUUGUAUCACGGCGUUCGAAUAUGUAAAAAAGAAAUCGAUAUAUUUCGGA